CGGAACUGGAACGCCGAAUUGCAUGGUUCACAGUCAAUAUAUAUACAACAAUACAUAUGGUGCCGUGGUGUACAAUUCUUACUUUCCCAUCGAAGGGGCUGUCAGUCAGUUUCGAGUUGUCGGUAUAUAGCUCCAGUCGGACUGGACCCAGCGACCAAGCCCUGCUUCCAGUACUGCCCAGGACAUACUUCGUCAACGGUCGAUGUUCCUCCAUCAAUUUCUCGCUUUGGUUUCUCUUCUGACCAAGUUAUUUUUUUCUUUUCGUAGCUCGUUAUCCUUCACCUCGCUUAUCAAUCAUCGCCAUUGUCGUAACUUUGGCUGCUAUUGUCGAAUCUGUCCAUCCCAGCCAUCGGUGACCAAGCCACCUCUAUCUGGUCCCUUGGCUUCCUCCAUUUCGCCCGUCACUAUUCCCUUUUCCCUCGGUGGCCAGGCGGCCCACGUCGGCUAUCUUCUUGCCGUCUCUUGCAUCCAAUAUUAACGCCCCGUAUCUCGGUUGAGAUUACUAGUACCUAAGUAGCCUAACUUGCACGGUGUUGGCUACAAUAGCAACGGCGGUUGUUGUGUCUCGUCCGAGUGCGCAGGACAAUUACUUUAUACGACCACGGAUGCUGUGGGAAACCUUUGGAUUGAGAUGACGCCCGUACUUGGUGUAUUCCCCUCAUACACGUCACACGGCCCUUGCCUUCAUCGGGCUCACGAGAACCAGGAUCAUCGAUUCCGUCCAGAGGGAUCAAAAGUCGCGCUCCAGAGUCUCGCCGGUGCCGCCGUUUGUAGAGUCGGCAAGGGGCUUAUUAGGGUUCCAUCUCGUGGUGCUCGGAAAGGAGGCCACUUAUGAUUAUAGUGGCAACAUCUGCUUUGGAGAGUAGGACGAUGAAAGCGGCAACCGGUUCGGAUCCCGGCAAAGAUACGUCAUUAAAAUGCGUCCAGAGAUAGUAGCUG